UGCGACUCCGCCUCGGUUGCCCGAGCGCCCCUGCUCUAUAAUUGUUCUUCAGGUCUCUUCCACCUGUCACUUUGACACUUACUCCCAUCUUCAUACAUUUCACGGACUCUUUCUCUCUCCCUCCCAGAACUAAAUAAUUUUUAUACCCAUAUCUACCUCAUCAUGGCUUCCCCUCAGAAAAUCCAGACUACCCUCACUGAUCUGCUCAAGAUCAACCACCCCGUCCUGCUGGCAGGUAUGAACGUGGCUGCCGGGCCCAAGUUGGCCGCGGCUGUCACUAACGCUGGUGGUCUCGGUGUCAUCGGAGGUGUUGGAUACACCCCUGAGAUGCUGCGUGACCAGGUUGCCGAGCUCAAGAGCUACCUGAAGGACAAGAACGCCCCCUUCGGUGUCGACCUUCUGCUUCCUCAAGUCGGUGGAAGCGCGCGCAAGACAAACUACGAUUACACAAAGGGAAAGCUGAACGAGCUCGUCGAUAUCAUCAUCGAGAGCGGUGCCAGUCUCUUCGUUUCCGCUGUCGGUGUUCCCCCCAAGGCCGUUGUCGACAAGCUUCACCAGCACGGAAUCCUAUACAUGAACAUGAUUGGUCACCCCAAGCACGCGCAAAAGGCCAUUGAUAUCGGUGCCGACAUCAUCUGCGCCCAGGGUGGUGAGGGUGGUGGUCACACUGGUGACGUUCCCACGACAGUUCUCAUUCCCACUGUUGCCAAGAUCUGUGAAGGCAAGAUCAGCCCCUUCACUAAGAAGCCCGUCCAGGUUGUUGCUGCUGGUGGUCUGUUCAACGGUAACUCGCUUGCUGCUGCUCUUAUGCUUGGUGCUUCUGGCGUCUGGGUCGGCACCCGUUUCAUUCUUGCCGAGGAGGCUGGUGCCCCCAAGGCUCACCAGGAGGCCGUCCGCACUUCUGGCUUUGAGGACAACAUCCGCACCAUCAUUUUCACUGGUCGUCCCCUGCGUGUGCGCAAGAACGAGUACAUCCUCAACUGGGAGAACAACCGUGCCGAGGAAAUCAAGCAGCUUACUUCCAAGGGUAUCAUCCCUGUUGAGCACGACAUGGAGAACAUCCCCGAUGAUGUUGAUGAUGAAUAUCUCGAGAACGCCCGCCCAUAUCUGAUGGGCAAGGUCGCUGCUGUGGUCAACGAGAAGAAGUCCGCCAAGGCUAUCGUUGAUGAGCUCGUUGACGACGCCGCCGUUCUUCUGUCCAAGGGCAACAAGAUGCUUGCCAAGCUGUAAAUACUUUAACAUUUCUUUGAUAUAUCCCAUUGGGCGGUGAACUCAUACCCGCUAUGCAUGUACAGUUGGUGUUAUGACUAGUUAUAGCAUUAUGACCAUAUUAAACAUUUCAUUUUCAUUUUGUUUUGCC